AUCUGGCCGACUGCGUUUUAAUGAAAGGCUAUAAAAAAAUCUGAUAAUAUGAAUAAUACGCAAAAUACUUCGCGGGAAAAUCUGUUGUUGUUUGAUAUACAUAAAAAUUCGCUAAUCAGAAGUCACUGAUUCGUCAACGUAAUAAUUGUAAAUGUACACAUGAUACUAUUAAUAGUACACAUUUAAAUAUUGCACGAUAUUGCGAAAAUGCCACGGGAUAUAAGAUCUUAUUUUACGCCGGUUGCAACCUCUCAGAAGAAGAAAAGUGAGCCUGUCGUUUCGAAGCCUCAAAAAAGACGUGUGAUCUUGUCGGAUGAUGAGGAUGAAGAGGAAUCAAAGUCAUCUGCUCGAAAACGCUCGAAGGUUGUGCGAAAAACAAAGAAGGUUUCUGCCCUCUCUGACUCAGAAGAUGAGGUGAUUAUAUUAGACAAUAAGAAAGAGUCUAAAGCAAGUAAGAAAAAUGUGAAUGAAAAGCCACGCAAAGAAAUUGCUCCUGGUGAACUGUUUGGCAAGAAACCAAUAACGAGAGUAGAAGAGACAAAAGUCAGCCGGAAAUUACAUAAAGUGGAAUCUGAAUUUCAUGAUGAUGAUGCUUUUGAUGCUGUACUUGAACAAUUGGAUUCUCAGAGUACAGCAACGCAGAACACAAUAAAAGAUAAAAAUGACAUUAAAAAUACAGAUAUUCCCAAGCAUUCUAAAAAAGAUGCAGAUUCUAAUAAGAACAAAAAAGAUGAUACUGAUUCAAAAUAUUUUCAUAAUGAUACAAAUAAAAAGAAUAAAAUAGAAACUAAGGAAGUAAAAAAAUCUCCCAGGAAGAAUAACCACAAUGCAACAAAAAUUACAUCUCCUACAAAACAGAAAUUGCAAAAGAAGAAAAACAAUAGUUUUAGUUCGAAUGAAGACUUAAGUACAAAUGACGAAUACAGUAAUAACAAAUCAAAUAGCAAAAAGAUAAAUUUGAAGGAUGUCUCAACAUCAAAUAAAGAUGAAGAUACAAAAGAACAAUCACAAGACAAAAAGAAAGCCAAAACAGUGGAUUUAUUUGAAGAGAGGAUACAAAAGAAGAAAGAGCGCGUUGCAAUGUAUGAAAAAUAUCUUCAGAGAGGUGGCGCCAGAAAUCCUGGCUCUAAAGAAAUUCCAUCAGGUGCUAAAAAUUGUUUAGCCGGCGUGACUUUCUUGAUUACCGGUGUUUUGGAUUCCUUGGAAAGAGAAGAAGCUGAAGAUUUGAUUCAACAAUAUGGUGGUCGUACUGUGAAUGCUGUAUCGGGCAAAGUUAAUUAUAUUAUAGUGGGAGAUGAGGCUGGCCCGAGCAAAUUGAUAAAGGCCAGUAGUUUAGGCAUCAAGCAGAUAUCUGAAGACGAUCUCCUACAAAUGAUUCGCACGAGACCGGAAGGUAGAUCUGAAGAUAUCAAGCCAACUAAAACAAGAGCAAAAUCGAAAACAUCGAAUAAAUCUGAAAGCGAUAAAUCGCCAUCGCCGAAAAAAGCAAAAACGCCAUCGCCGAAGAAAGCAGAAACGCCAUCGCCGAAGAAAGCAGAAACGCCAUCACGUUCACCAGUAAAGGUGAAAAUGUCGUCGCCGAUGAAACAAGCUUCAGACACAAGCAGUACGAGUGAAUCGCAGGAGAUAAGUGUCGGAUCGCAACCGCUAGUUGAAAAAUACAGACCCAAGACCUUGAAGCAGAUUGUCGGUCAGCAAGGAGACAAGAGUUGCGCGCAUAACUUGUACGUGUGGUUGCGCGAUUGGCAUAAAAAUCGCCAGGAUCCAAAAGUCAAAAACGGCACCAACAAGCAAACCCAUGGACAAAGUUUUAAAGCUGCCUUGCUGUCCGGCCCGCCUGGCGUUGGCAAAACCACAACUGCGCAGGUUGUUUGCAAAGAAUUGGGAUACGAUCUUGUGGAGUUCAAUGCUUCCGACACCAGGAACAAGACGCUUCUGAAAGAAGAAGUCUCGGGAUUGCUAUCCAACACCACGAUGAAGGACUAUCUCACGGGUGCUAAACAAAAGAUUACGAGUAAGCACGUGCUGUUGAUGGACGAAGUCGACGGCAUGGCCGGGAACGAGGAUCGCGGCGGCUUACAGGAGCUAGUCGGUUUGAUCAAAUGCACGGAAGUGCCUGUUAUCUGCAUAUGCAACGACCGAUACAACGCGAAGGUGAAGACCAUUUCGAUUCACAGCUACGAUCUGAAAUUCUCGAAGCUCAGGGUGGAGCAGAUCAGGAGUUCCAUGUUGUCGCUGUGCUACAAAGAGAACAUCAAGAUCGCAAAGGAGGACCUCGACCGCUUGAUCGAAUCGACGAAUCACGAUAUCCGACAAGUGAUAAAUCAUCUCGAGUUCCUCAGCGGUCAAAAGGCUCGGGUCGAAGCGACCGAGAGGAAACACUCGAACAAGGACUUCAAGCUGGGUCCGUUCGACGUCGCCAAAAUGGUAUUCAGCGCCGAGCAACAGAAGAACAUGAGUCUGAACGAUAAGAUCGGUUUAUAUUUCCACGACUACAAUAUAGCGCCUCUUUUCGUGCAAGAAAAUUACCUGGCGGUCAGAUUGUCCCAGGUGUCGCCGCAGCAGAGGCUGGACAAGAUUGCCCGCGCGGCCGACAGCAUAUCCCAAGCAGACCUCAUCGAGAAGAUGAUGAGAAGCAAUAUGAUGUGGAGUCUGCUUCCAAUGCAUGCUUAUUUCUCCUUCGUCGUGCCUGGUAGCGAAAUGUCGGGAAGCCUCGAUGCGAUGGUGCGAUUUCCGAGCUGGUUCGGGCGAAAUUCCAAGGCAAUGAGAUUUAAUAGAUUAAUGCAAGAGUUAACGACGCAUACGCGAUUGGUUACGGGCGCGAACAAAGACGCCCUGAAUAUGGAUUACCUGGUUCACAUUCGAAACGCCGUCACAAAGCCUCUGAUAGACAACGGCGCGGACGGUAUAGAAGCUGCGAUAAGCGUCAUGGGAAAGUAUCAUUUAACGAGGGAGGACUUGGAUUCGAUAAUCGAAAUCUCUCUCUGGCCAGGAGUUCGCGAUCCUACAAGCAGCCUUGAUAGUAAAGUGAAAGCAGCAUUCACGCGCGCGUAUCAGAAAAAUCCGCCUAUGUUGCCGUACGCGAUUAAUAGUAAUGCGACGGCAAAGAAAAGGUCUGCGCAGGACGACAAUUUCGUGGAAGAGGAAGAUGAUGAAGAGGAGGACGACAACAUUGAUUCCGACAAGAUGAUCAAGGCGAAGAAACCUACCAGCAAAGCUGCUGCCUCAACGAAGGCAAGCGGCGAACCAGCUAAAAAGCGCGCAAAAGGACGCGGUAAAGCGAAGUAGGUGACAGUAUCGGGAGAUGCAAGUUUUUUAUUUAUAAAAACGUGAAAUAAAAUUAAUACAUUACAAGUA